AUGUCCACGAAAACUAGCACAGUAACAACCACAAAUUUAACUACGGCCACCGCGUCCACAACGAGUACAACAGCAGCAACGACAUCAACAACAACCGCAUCAACAACAUCAACAACAACUACAACAUUAACAACAACAACAUCAUCAACAUCAACAUCAACAUCAUCAUCAACAACAAUAACAUCAACAACAACACCAGCAGGUAGGGCCGCAUUCGAGUUUGUAUGUCGGUAUACACAUAAACAUUCAGACUAUUGGAGUAGUAAAGAAAGCUACGUCGAUUAGUAUAAGAUAAUUAUAUGUCAGCAUCUAGAGUGAGAUUACAUCCAAUAUCGGAUCGUGCAGACGGUUUGCUUAAAAUAGGGAUUAUUCUCUGGAUUGAUGUUACAUUAGGAUUCUAAUUAAGCCACUUCAAUGGAACCAUGCGUUUCCAGUUUAUAUAAACGUUACUUGAUUACCUAAGUUCAGAUCCGUAAAGUUAUAGGCAGUUUUAUACAGAAGAUAAGAUUUUAUGGAAAACUGUCUAGAAUUCUUCAAUUCUGAAAUUAAAUUUUCCAUUCGUGGUUGCAAGUUCAUUGAAGCGAUUUUUUUCAUCACAGUAUAGACGAUGACAUAUAUAUUAUAUAUGACUGAUAGGCUGAAGAGGAAAGCAGUAAUUUAUGAUUAUUCGUAAUUUUGGAUGAUUCUAAUGAUUUAAAUUUGUUUUAUAGCUGCUUAAAAUCAGUUGCUUUUCUCUUGGGUUUGAUGAAUAACUUGCGAGAAAUGAAUGAUGAUACUUAGUCAAGGGAAGAGCUGUCAACCUGCUCCUUCUUCGCACUCCUUUUUUCCAUUGAUUUCUUCAAUCUUAUCCAAUUUUCGUGAGGCGGCUGAUGAGCCACUGCAGAUAAAAAGGACAAGACGAAGAGCUUGCUGUUUCUUUACUAUGAAAAUGACGAGCUGAUGAUUGGAUGUUUAUUUGAAUGGUAACGAGUGUUUAAUCGUUGUUAGCUGGUUGAGAUGAUCGAUGAUUGAGGCAGG